AUGGAAAAAUCCUCCAAUCAUGAGGCUGCUAUGCCCUCGGGCAGGACGUGGAGAAGUGGGAAGGAGGUGAGGAAGGGGAAGAAGGUGGCCAAGACAGGAACCAGGGGCAUCAUCUCUAAGAGAAGGCCGUAUACUCCAUCUCUGGCUUUUCUGUUGCAGCCACACCAAGAGCCCAAACCUGGAGACCUGAUUGAGAUUUUCCACCUUGGCUAUGAGCACUGGGCCCUGUAUAUAGGAGAUGGCUACGUGAUCCAUCUGGCUCCUCCAAGUGAGUACCCCGGGGCUGGCUCCUCCAGCAUCUUCUCAGUCCUGAGCAGCAGUGCAGUGGUAAAAUAGGAGCUCCUAGAAGAUGUGUUAGGAGGCUGUCGCUAUCAGGUCAACAACAGCUUGGACCAUAAGUAUGAACCACAGCCCGUGGAGGUGAUCAUCAGUUCUGCGAAGAAGAUGGUUGGUCAGAAGAUGAAGUACAGUAUUGUGAGCGGGAACUGUGAGCACUUUGUCACCCAGCUGAGAUAUGGCAAGGCCUACUCUAAACAGGUGGAAAAGGCCAAGGUUGAAGUCGGUGUGGCCACGGUGUUUGGAAUCCUGAGUAUUGUUGGAUACUCUUUUGUGGCUAGGAGACACCAAAACAAGUGACAGCCUGAAGCAGCCACAAAAUCCUGUGUUAGAAGCAGCUGUGGGGGUCCCAGUGGAGAUGGGCCGCCCCCAUGCCUCCAGCAGCCUGACCCUCGUGCCCUGUCUCAGGCUCUCUCUAGAUCCUUUCCUCUGUUUCCCUCUCUCGCUGGCAAAGUAUGAUCUAAUUGAAACAAGACUGAAGAAUCAAUAAACAGCCAUCUACCCCUUCAGAAA